CGAUAAGUUGUGUUUCACACUUUGUAAAAUUCGCUUACCCAAAUAUGCACUUUCCUGCUUUUAUCACAUGGCAUUCAUAACGUCAAAUCCGACGACGACACGACAGUGUGAGAUGUGUGGACGCAAAUUGAAUACAAGGAUUUUUGGGAGAGGAGUAAAGUGUAAAGGUUUUAGACAAAUUUGUGAUGAUGAUAUUCCUGAGAAACAAGCACAGAUCUGAAACAAGUGGUAGAAAAGAGGAGGAUGACAUAGCAUCAUAUUUGUUUUUCAAGUUGUAUCUUAUGCUAUGCCAUCUUGAAAAAAUCCUGUUAUGCUUUUCAUUUAGCACACAAUGGAACGUUGUUCACAAGCAGUUGUUUACUCUCAUUGUUGUGUCACAUACAAAUAAUGGAUUGCAACAGCAUAUUACAAGUAAACUGUUUACAUCAACAAAUAUUAAGGGUUUACAAGGUUUUUUUCAGGUUUGAUACCGACGAAAGCGAUGCUGCAUGGGAAUAAUCGUGGAUAAUUUGCGGUCUCUGGAUUAAAGGCCUGGUUCUAAGCAUGGCUUUCCUUGUAUUAUGCAAGUGCAUGUUUUUCUAAAGGGCAACUACCCAAGUAAUUAUGUAAGAUCACCAUAACUUGAUCAGAAAUUUCCCGUGACAAAAAAAUGAAUACAAAAUCAACUGGUGCCUAGGUUUGGCAAUCAAAUGGGAGACAACUCAUCCACACGUUCGCAAUUUUCAGCGUCUCUUCGCCAUGUCGUCAAAGUGUGCGUGGAAUCAAGUGGAGAGUUUGGUCCGGAAACAGCAAAAAAAAGGUUUUUAAAUAAUCUGCUAGGAUGCAGUAAGUAAUGCAUCGCGGAAUGAUCGUGGCAUCUAGACUUAAAAAAUCUACCCGUUUUUGAGGUCGGCUUGUGCACGUUUUUGUAAAUAGAGUGACGAUUCAAGUAACUAACACCACCACCACCUGACCAGAGCACCCCCAUGCAAAUUUCCCGUGACCAAGGAGGAAGAAAAAAACACGUCUGCUGCUUCUGCUUCUGCUUCUUCUUUUGCUUUGUUGUUCCAGUCCGUUGAUUCCCCUUCUGUGUAAUUCUUGAAAUCUGGGAUAUAAUAAUGCUGCGUAAUCUCGAGAUGACAAUGGCCAAGCAGGUAAACUCACUUUGACGAGUAACAGCCAUGCAACUGACUUACUAAUAAAAGAUACGUUGAUACCUCGAUUUACUGUAAAUGAUCUUCACCCAGUCUUCGAGUAAAGUGUAUGUACAAUGGAUAAGACAAAUUUUGGGGCCGUGAUGAUGUUGCCCUGUCUCAUUCAUCCACACCAUGCAGACAGUUCUUGUGCAUUUAAUUACGUAACUGUUCACCCACAAUCGCUCAAACACCGUUUCUACGACUCAUACCAUACAAUGGGAUAGAAUACACUGCAUCAAAAUUUGCACAAAACAUGGAAUCCGCAAAAACCAACUACCAACCAACGUUGUCAUUUCCCAAGGAUUUGAACAGAUCAUGUAGCCUCAUCAAAUUAGUAGCAUUCUGAUAAUUGACCUGCAUUAAUCUAGUGAAAAAUCCGGGUGUCAACAACGAUAUUUCUGGAAUUCAUGACCGUCACCACUUUAGUAGAGAUUGAGAUAAUAGGAAAUAAUAGCAGUGCAGUGUUACACACAAGUGUAUAAAUAUAUAAUUUGUGAGGAAAUGGACACUCGGAAAGUGUCCGCAGCAGUUGGGUUCACCUUAUUGAUGGGGUGCGUGGUGGCGGUUGUGGUCGUGAUAUACAACGGAUCUGGAGUUCGCACUUCGUACAGAAGUUCGAUGGAGAAAUCCUGGAAGACCAGAGAACUCUCAAUGAAGGGCAAACAAGACGUCGUGGGGUCUAUUUCUACCACGUCUGAAUCUCCCGUGCAAGAAGCUAAAAAGUUGGCGGAUGAAUUGCAAAAGCUAUUUACGAGCAAAAUUUCUCAUCCUGUUGUAAGUAGCACGAAAAGAGUGGGCAGUGGCGUCGUCACCGUGGUGGACGAUGACGAUGAGAUGGGAACUCUUGAAGAUGGGAAAACAAUACAUACAAAAAACUUAGGAACAUUAAAAGAGGAAUCGCCAAGCAAGAUUUUACCCGCAACGAAUCCUGACAAACAGAACAAGAUAUCUCAACUUGACCAGGUUGAGGAUGAAGUCAAGAGUCAUGGCAAUCCUGAGAAAGAUGACAUGGAUCCAAAUCAGGACGAGUCACCGAUAGAAACAGAUUCACCAGAUGAUAAUGACGACCAUUACCCCACGUUUAAUAUGCCAUCAGUCAAUUCCAGACCGAUGAUUCCAAACACUCAACGUGAUCCACCCACCAUGGUUCAGCAGCCUAGAAGCAAUAUUCUUCUCGUCCAGUCACCAUCAUCCUCAAGACAUCCUCCUCAACGACCCACAGACACCGUCAACAUACGACUCUCACCACCACCACGAGGAGUCAAUUCCCAACUUCAGGACAGGAUUUCCCACGGUGAUGGUGUUCCAAAAUAUCAGACGAGGAAAGAUCACUUUCCGCUACAAGGAGAUGAUGACACUUAUUAUCAGAAUCAGGGAUAUCGUGAACCAACUCCUCUUGGGAGCAGGGAGGAUGAAACGGCGGAUGAGGACUACGAACAAGACCAAGAAGAACAAAUUGUCGACACGAGGUCCGCCAGUGCCAGGGACCCGUUAAAAGCCAUGGGAAAUAUGCUUCAACUAAUCACAGAUGUGUACCAGCGAGGCAAGGAUGGGCUCGACAUGACAGGAUUUCUUAGGGUCAUUAACGAGACGGUCCAAAGGGGCAAUAACAACAACCUACUCAGCCAACUAAAUCAGAUGUACUCGAAAAAACCUUCGUUACUAUUCCCUCCUCCAAAAUCGGCUUCCGUUGGACGAAAUGCUCUCGAAAAUUCACUCUCAGCAUUCGUCUUCAUGUCCUUUGGAGUCUUUCUCCUUAAUCAAAUUCACAACUUUAUGGGAGGCUCUGGGCAGAUUGGCAGGAACGGCGAUGACAAACAUGCACUUCGACAAGGGAGAAAGCUGGACAACUUUGAUCUGGAUCAUUCCGAACUGAAUUUUUUAUUCGAACCGCCCACCGAAGCGGAUACAACGACUCUUUUUAAUGGAUCCGAGGAUGGGAAAGGACUGCUACCGAUUUCUGACGCUGUGAAGAACCGACCUGGUCACCAGGAAAAGAAUAAUGAAACCCGGUCAGAAGUAGUGGAAAAAGUGGUGACAUCGAAUCGUAACGCGACCAAUGUGGGAGUGAACACUUUGCCCAACAGGACUUCUAAUUAUGUGAAUAACAUGUUCCGCGCCGCUAUUAAUUUGGUGAACGCCUACACGAAGGAUACCCAAGCGUUGGACUGCAUUUGGUCAAAAUAUUGUCAAGACUUGGAUAAAACGUCGGCUCAGCAUGGGUCCCUGUAUUCAAUUGCUGCCAGGAUUAAUAGCGUGGGACUUCGCCUUAUCAUGGGCCAAAUCCAGACCGAGUUGACUGUUGAUGCCGUCCUGCACUCCCUCCUUGGGUGGGAUGGGCUCCCCUGUGUCAAAAUGUUUUCCAAAUGCAACAUGGUCCAUGGCAAACUGCUCAGGCAGCAGGACGACGGCGGAAUAAACGACCAACGAGGAGGCGAACGACAACAUAAUCAAACUGGAAAAGCCGAGUGAUUUUUUUUAGUUUGCAUAAAACUUUAUGCAACAGUAUUUCAAAUUUUAUUUAGUGAUAUGCAAGUAAAUGGCAUUAUAUUCUAGACGAUUAGAUAGCAUAUAAAUAUGUGUGUAUGAAUUACGGCAUGGUGAUGGGAAGGUCAAAGGGUUGUUUAAUAAAGUGUAUUUUUUAUUUUUAAAACGCAUUCUAGUCUGGAGUGUCGCUUUGUUCAGAAAUAAUAAAAACAGGCCCGAAUGCAGAUUACGAGAAUUUAUAAAACUGGGAA